AUGCAGCACACUUGCAGCUGCCAGGAGCUCAUGCAAAGCCCCAUCUUCGCUCCCGUCGAUGGUGAAUGGAUCUUGUAUUUCAGCUACAAUGUGCAUGGCCAGGAGACCAGCAGCUGGCAGCUGCAAUCCUGGGAUGGAGCAUGGACCUCUAUUGGGGAAUUCUCAGCCUCAGCACAGGUGGAGGCGCGUAUAGCUCAUGUGAGAUUGCCAGCCCAGUCGCAGGCCUUGCGCUUCCUGAAAAAAUCGGGCAGUGCGGUGCUGCUCUUGAGUCGGCUCCGCUUGGAAGCAACAGUGGACGAGCUUAACUGUGACUUCGGGGCCGCUGAUCGCUGUUACUGGUUUGAGCCACCUGGCUCUGGGUGGGUCCAGGCCACGGGCCCCGACGCUUCAAGUGGCUACCUGCAAGUGAACGGCUCACAAAACGGUUCAGCUUUCUACCUAGACAGCAUCCUCAUUGGAGCCAUUUAUGGGAGCUACACUUUCUUCCUUCGUUUCCAGCUUGUAGGGCCUACGGCUGCGUUACUGCUGCAGCAAAGAGGGGGCAGCGGCGGUGACUGGGCAGAUCUGGCGACCUGGCCUGGGGUCUCUGAAGCACCGUGGCAGCAACUCAUGGGCUCGUUACCUGAAACAACUCGUUUGCGGCUGCUCGCGACAGCAAACAGCACCGAAGACGUCAUUCGCAUCCAGACCUUCGAGGUGCAAAACAUAGCUUUCAGCACGGACAUCGGCUGUGGAUUUGAAGGCGACUUCUGCGGAUGGCAGGGUCCCUGGUCCAGCUCUGCAGCUCGGACCGAUGGAGUCCCACCAUUCCGUGGUGAAACCUUUGCUUACAUCCCCCAGGCCCAGUGGGGGACACUGGAGGCGAUAUUGGCAAGCCCAUUCUUUCCCAACAAGGGAGAAGUGGUUGACUUGGCCUUUGCGUACCGCAUGAUGGGCUGGGAGCUCUACAGUCUUGAGGUCAAGCUCCGCUUGCCAGAAGCGACCCAGCAGAUCCGCUUCCGAGGCUAUCUUCAUGCGGCGAUGAAUGGUGGUUGUGGUUUUUGUUCUAAUGCCGUGGACAUUGCCAUUGAUGAUAUUUUUAUUCUUGCGAUGAAAGUUGCUGUCCCGCCUUCUGUUGCCGUUCAUCCUGGUCAUCAACUUCACAUGUGUGUGGUGGCUUUUGGCCUGCUGAAGUGCUUUGGGCACAAUGACGACGGACAGCUCGGGUAUGGCCACGUCGAAAACUUGGGUGAUGACCCGCUCGAGGUCGGAGUGGGCUUGCCGACGGUUAACUUGGGAAGCGAAGUGGUGGAAGCUUGCGUUGGACAUUCCCAUUCCUGUGCCAUGCUUCGGGAGGGCCGUUUGAAGUGUUGGGGUAAUGGUCACUAUGGUCAGCAUGGCGGCGGGAGCACGGCCACCAUUGGCGAUGAGCCCAAUGAAGUGGAUGAACGACUGCCUGCAGUCAACUUGGGCAGCGGAGCCAAAGUGGCACAGAUAGCUUGCGGGUUUCAUCACACCUGUGCCGUGCUGCAUGGCGGCACCGUAAAGUGCUUUGGAAGCAACGAAUGGGGACAGUUGGGCCUUGGUGACACUCAGCUAGGGCCUCAGUCUGAACUGCAAGUUGAGGCAUGUUGCGGCUCAUGCAUCCUUUGUGCUUCUGCCAGCCUGUGGCUCAGGAACCGUGGAACCGCAAGCCAUGAAAUGGGGGAUGCGCUCCCGGCAGUGAACCUGGGUAAUGCCAGGAUCACUCAGCUCGUCCUGGGUUAUUUAUGUACUUGUGCUCUAUCCGAGGCUGGGAAAGUGUUGUGUUGGGGACGUCUCACACCAGGCGCACCUGUUCUUGGCAAUGAGCCUGGAGAGAUGGGAGAUCAGCUUCCGGUCUUGGACUUUGGGCUCCCCGUGACUCAACUUGCAGCAGGAUGGUACCAUGUCUGUGCACUCCUGUCCGAUGGAAGGGUGCGAUGCUGGGGAGGGAACCCGUAUGGUCAGCUCGGCCUGGGGGAUACGGUUACCAGACUCACGCCUGUGUCGGAUGUGGACCUGGGCACCGGCAUGAUGGCCACAAAGAUAGCUGCAGGAGGACACCACUCUUGUGCAGUUCUACAAGAUGAGACCCUGCAGUGCUGGGGCUGGAACACUUACGGGCAACUCGGUGUGGGCCAUACGAACAACAUUGGAGACAACAGUGGCGAGAUGGGCGAUGCUCUUGUACGCACUUCAGCCGGUAGAGUCCAUGCUGCCCAUCCAGGUGGCAAACAUACCUGCGCUUUGCAGACUGAUGAAGCCAUGUUCUGCUUUGGGUACGGCAAUUCGGGCACAUUAGGCCUAGGCCGAACUGAUCACGUGGGUGACAACCCUGAUGAGCUGGGCGGAGCAGCCUUGUUGCCACCGCUUUUCCUCCCUCAAACUCCAGGACAGGAAUUGGAGCAAGUUCGCCUGUCCUCUGCGUCCUCCAGUGACAUGAACGGCUGGCUCGAGGUGCUGCACAACGGCUCUUCGGCACUGAUCUGCGACGAUGGUUUCGACGUCGCUGCAGCAACGGUAGCCUGCAAGGACCGCCGUGGGAAGAAACUGACAUGUGCAGGAUGGAAGGGUCUCGAGGCCUCUUUUCUGCUAGUAUAUGCUAGUAUCAAAGAGUCAUGA